AUAUAUAUUGUCAUUGAUAUUGUUAGGUAAGCCCAUGUGAUGACCCAUGACAUGUGUUUCCAAUUGAAUUUUUAACAAUUGGGACCCAUUGAUGCUCUACAAUAUAUUCAUAUCAAGGUUACCUCUAUAUAUAUCUCACCCAACCAGCAAUAGCCUCCAACCAUCAUCACUUCAUUUCUUUCUCUUAAACAAACUCAAAAUAGCACCACUAUUUGUCUAAAAUCAUGGGUUUUCGCUUGCCAGCAAUUGUUCAAGCCAAGCAAGCAAUCCGGCGGGCUCUAUCUACUCCAGUGUCUGUGGAUGUUGUACCCAAAGGCCAUCUUGCAGUAUACGUUGGACAAACAGAGAGGAAACGCUACAUAGUCCCAGUUUCAUACUUGAAAUAUUCUUCUUUCCAGAGCUUGUUGAACAAGGGAGAAGAAGAGUUUGGGUUUGAUCACCCAAUGGGUGGUCUUACAAUUCUCUGCACAGAAGAAGAUUUUAUUGACAUCACUAGCAGUUUGAAUUGAUCACGAGAUGCAAGGAUGGU